AUGGAUGCACCCGUUCCGGAAGUUCGAACCGAAGGCGAACCUGAUGUUGUGGAGGAAUUAGGGCAAAAUGUUGAUCAGAUCAUCGUGAAGGUUGAUGAGCUUCUACAUCCCACUGUGCAUGAGCUUUGUAAAAUCUUAAAGUUUCCAGAGGAUGUCAAGAACAAAGUGGACGGAUUUCUUGAUUUUGUUCUCAAGAAUUAUAAUGUCAGUAGGGAAGAUACUUCUACUCUACAAGCCUUCAUGAUAUCACUGUGUUGGAUUGGGGCCUCACUAGCAAAACAUAAAAUUGAUAGAAGGGAGUCUUUUGACCUUGCAAAAAAGCAAUUGAAUUUUUAUUGUAAGGAAAAACAGGUGAAUUUUGUUCACUUGAAGCUUGAAGAAGCUAAAGAAGAUUUCUUAAAGCAAACAGAGACAGAAGAGAACAUAGAAGUUAAGAUUAUUAGACAAAGAAUUUGCGAAAAAAAUAAAGAACAUGAAAGAGAUAAAGAUGUUCACCUCAAAGAGCUCAAGUCAACACUCCUUGCUGCUGACGUGACAGCUAAACCCGAAACUUCAGUUUCUGUUGGGAAUCUGGGUGAUAAAAUGCCUGAAACGCCCUUGGAAUUGGAUGGUGGGAUUUACAAGUUUUUAACAUUAUUUCAGGGAUUUUGUAUACUCUUGACAAGACUAGAUUGCUUACCCAUUGUUGCUAUUUACUUUUCUCGUGGCAUGGUUGGAGUAGCAGAGAUGAAAGUUGUUAUUGAAAGAACUGGUGGGCUUGCUGUUUUAGCUGAAAGUUUUGGACAUUCGGUUUUCAAGGAUUCAAUUAGACGUGUCUUUGACAAGGGUGAAGAAUCUCUUGAAAGGUCCAGCUGUUGCAAGCACAGUGAGACAGGGGAAUACCACAGCUUGGAAGUUGUGUGGACUCGAUAA